GGUCUCUUGUCUGACUUUUUUUUCUCCAAUUAUAAUUUACAAACGUAUCUAUACACAUGUAUGUAUGUACAUAUAUAUACAUAUAUAUACCCCUGUAUGUAUAUAAUUGUGUAUCCCUCGUACUUGCUGUGUGUAUAUAUUUCUCUUCUCUCUCAUCCAUCACCACCACCACCAUAACUAUUCAUUUAAUUAUUCAGCUGUUGCUUACAAAUAUUCUCUUAUGUGAUCGACGGAGGAACUGCCCAGCGGAGAACCGGAAUCCGACGCCGUUUUGGUGGCGCAGUAAAUUUUGUCAUCUAGGGUUGUUAAUUUGCGAAUUACAUCUCAUUUGUCGGUUUCGCACGAGCGCAGAAAAGACUGGUGAUUUUUUAUUUUUUUUCGGAGGGCAUGGCUCCGGGGCGGAAGCGUGGAGCGAAAGGGGUGAAAACGAAGAGCGAGUUGAGUUUGGGGGAUCUCGUUCUCGCCAAGGUCAAGGGUUUUCCUGCUUGGCCCGCCAAGAUUGGCAGACCUGAAGAUUGGGAGCGCAGUCCUGAUCCUAAAAAGUACUUCGUCCAGUUUUUCGGUACAGCAGAGAUAGCUUUUGUUGCCCCUGCGGAUAUCCAGGCAUUUACUAGUGAAUCCAAAAACAAGUUGACUACUCGUUGCCAAGGUAAGACAGUGAGGUUCUUUGCCAAAGCUGUGAAGGAAAUCUGUGAAGAAUUCGAAGUGUUACAGCGUAAAAAUUUAGGCGGUGUAAGAGAUGAUAACAAUGCACAAAAUCUUGCAUCUGAGACACAUUCAGUUGAUCCAUUGGUAGAUGAAGCUUUAGAGGUUAGUAUAAACAAUGGGAUAGAUAAUGAAGGACCAAGCUGCAAAUUGGAGGUCAAAGGGUUGACGGAUCAGGGCUCUGAGUUAGAGCAUUCUUCACAGAGACAAGAUGAGAUGGAAUGUCAAGAUGUAAAACCUUGCUUGUCAGAUGUCAUGAAUCAUGGCUUGUCUCCACAUUUAUCUUCGGGAAAGAAGAACAAACUUUCUACAAAUCCUAGUAAUCAAAUGAAGGGAGCGGAAUUAAGAUCUAGUCCGUCCAAGCAGGCUUUUGUCAAGGAGGAAGGUUCCCGUGGUGUCAAAGUUAAGGAAAGGCACCCUGAUGCCGGCCAGGGUGAAUUGACAAAUGGACACCAACCAAAGCUGGUAACGGGGACAAAGAGGAAGCAUGAGGGUACAAUGCACAGGGAUAUUGGUUCAAUUAAGUCUCCUAAAUAUAUUGGUGAUGGGGGGCAAAAACCAUAUGUUUUAGGUGGCAACAUAAAAUUGUCAUCUGCAGAUAAUUCAAAAUCAGGUGCAAGUAUUGGCAGUGAAAGGAAGGGGAAAAAAUUGCUGAAAGAGAAAAAGCCUUCUGAGGCAGUAGAUGAUAUUCAAGGGGACAGUGAAAUAAUGGCUGAGGAGCAUAGUGAAAUUAUCUCGAGGAAAAAGAUGAAGAUCCGACAUGAUCACCAAAAACAAACUUCUCGAAGAGAUGAAGCCUCGUUGCCAAAGAUGCCAAAAGGUGCUGAUAAUGCAGAUGAUGCUAGCAUUCUAAGAGCUCAAACUAGCAGAAAGAGUGAGUCUAGAAGUCCUGUAGAUCUGGAUGACAAAAUGGAUAGAGUAGAGUCUAAAAAUUUAACAUCAGGUGGGAAGGCUGAGAAUCACCGGCAGUUGAAGGUGCAGACAAAUACCCACGAAUCCAGAGAUUCUACAGAUGAAGAUGAUCUCCCUCCAAUGAAGCGCCCCAGCCGAGCACCGGGCGGGAUUUCUAGUUCCACCUUGAUUUCUGAAAAUAGAUUGGGAACUGCAUCACGUAAAAAUGGCUUAGUACAUCCUAACAAAAUUCGAUCCCCGGUAACACAGCCAACAAAGCGAAGAGCUGUCCGCCUAUGUGAUGACGAUGAUGAUGAAUUGCCUAAAACUCCAAUUCAUGGAGGAUCUACCCAAAAGGUUCCUGUUGUUCCUCGCCUGCCAGAUUCAAAAAAGAAAAAUGUUUCCCAUGGCGAGAGUCGUGCAAAUGAUCAACCGCUCUCGAGAAAUUCAGGAAUAGUUGAUGGUGCAUUGAAAGAACAGGUACAAUCUUCUCGAGCAUCAAAGAAAGUUUCAUCAACAAUUGUUGAACAAGGUGAGAAGAGGACUAAAGAAUUAUCAGUUGAACAUGUACCUCAUAGUCCACCCCGGUUGGACUCUGAAAAACUUUCCUUAAUGCAUGAUAAAGCAGUUGUCGUUUCGCCUAAAAGGUCCCCUAUAUCUAGUUCUGCUACGAGAUCAUUAUCAGAACCACAGAAGAAGCAGUUCAGCAAAGCACCUAGUAGUAUUUCUCAGAAGAAAGUUCAGCCAGUAGCCAACAGGAACCUAGAUGCAGCUUCUGAUAGGUCAACUCCAUGCCUUAAUCCUCCGCUAACUGAAAGAAGUAAGCCAACUUCCUCCGUGGAGAAAUGGAGAAGUACUCCAAAGUCAGACUCCCAGAUCAAUGAUUCUGUUCUUUUGGCUGGAAAUCUGGAUGAAAGCAUUAACUUACUUGGUCAAAGGCUGGACGUUGGUAAAGACACCAAAAUAAGUGUUCCGGUUGAUAUAAAAAUUUCGGACUCUGUAACGUCUAUGAAACAUCUUAUUGCUGCUGCUCAGGCAAGAAAGAGACAAGCACACUUGCAUAAAUCUUAUGGAAUUACUCUUCCCCUAUUGGCUCCUGAUGGUGACAUGCUAGAACGGAGCCCAAACACUAUCCCGGUUACACUAGCAGUUGAAUCAAGCCAUGCAUUUCAACUGGAUGUACAAGGAUUACAUCCCACUUCCCCUUUCUCUGAUAUUCGCCCUUUUCCAUCUAUCAAUGAACAUGAGAAUGAAGAUCUUGAGGAGAGGAGGGCUAGUUCGGGUCGUCAGGCCACCGGAAGUUCUCUAAGUGCGGGUACUGACGCAGCUGUUGCUCGUGAUUCCUUUGAAGGGAUGAUAGAAACUCUUUCAAGGACCAAGGAGAGUAUUGGCCGUGCAACUCGUCUUGCAAUUGAUUGUGCAAAGUAUGGGAUUGCCAAUGAGGUUGUGGAACUCUUAAUCCAGAAGUUGGAAAGUGAACCAAGUUUUCAUCGCAAAGUGGACCUGUUUUUCCUUGUUGACUCUAUAACACAGUGCUCUCAUAGUCAGAAAGGAAUUGCAGGGGUAUCUUAUAUUCCCAUAGUUCAAGCAGCUUUGCCCCGUCUUAUUGGUGCUGCUGCUCCGCCUGGGACAAGUGCUCAGGAAAAUCGCCGUCAAUGUCAUAAGGUCUUGAGGUUGUGGCUUGAGAGAAAAAUCUUUCCAGAACAUGUUCUUCGCCGGUAUGUGGAUGAGAUGGGAGUAGUGAAUAAUGAUACUUCUGCUGUGAUUUCCCAAAGGCGUCCUUCCCGUGCUGAGAGGGCUAUUGAUGAUCCUAUCAGAGAAAUGGACGGCAUGCUUGUGGAUGAGUACGGGAGCAAUGCUUCAUUUCAGAUUCCUGGAUUUCUGUCAUCUCAUUUGUUUGAAGAAGAUGAAGAUGAAGAUAAUUUUGGGAUAAAGCUAUUCAAGGAAGUUGCAGUUACAUCACCGUCCGAGCAUACCCCUGCAAGCAGGGAGCCUGAGACCUAUGCUGUUACUCCAAGUGACCGACGCCACUGCAUAUUAGAGGAUGUUGACGGUGAGCUCGAAAUGGAAGAUGUUUCUGGACACCAAAAGGAUGAAAGACCAUUGUUUGCCAAUGGCACUUCUGAGGUUGCUUCAAUUGAGCCAAGUUCAGAUGGGAUCUUUGAAUCAGCUUCAAACAUAUUUGAGUUGACGCCGUCUCCUGAGGGUUCUCCACCAUUACCACCUGGCUCUCCUCCUGUAACCCCACCUCUACCCGAUUCACCGCCUCCAUCACUCCCACCUCCUCCACCCCCACCCUUAUCAUCUCCAUCUCCGCCACCCCCACCACCCCCACCUCCACCUUCCUCACAGCAACAUAUAUAUCCUCCACCUCCUUUUGCCCCCCUUCCAUUUCUUUCCCAGCAAUCAUUGCCACCUCAGCCUGCAUUGAUGUCCCAAUACAUGCCUCCACUUCCAUCCACAGUUUCAACUUCUCAACCAUUAGCUCACCCACCUCCUUUACCUCAUGAAAUUGGUGGUAGCCACAGUGUAAAUCAACAUGUCCAUAUGGUUUCCAGUACUCAUGUGCCUCGUAUGGAUGCACCUGUCAGAAGCGAAGUAUUUCCGCAGCAAUCUUUCUUUUCUCCAGCUCCUGCCAGCAAUGCACGUGAACAUGUUGUCUAUAAUGCAACAAGAAUGGUGGAGUAUGGACAAGGCGAAACAUAUAUAAAUCCUCAAGCUUCGCAGCAGAGGCAACCAUUAAGGCCUGGUGGUGCACCUUUUUCACAAAGACCUCUGCAUCCUGAACCCCCUCAAGGAAUGCCUAAUCAUUUCUCCUAUCCAAACUCAGUCCAGCAACAUCAGUAUCCCCCUUAUCCAUUGCCAAAUGUUUCUGACGGUCCAAGGAGAUAUGCUACUGAUAAGCAACGGCGGAUGGAAGUGAAUGAGUUCAAUGCUGACGGUCCUCGCAUGGGGUGGAUGACUGGAGGGAAAUCAUGUCCAGUUCCACCUUAUUCACAUGAAGGUUAUUUUGCGCCACCUCUCGAAAGGCCUCCCACAAAUGGGAUUAAUUUUCAGCCUCCUGCAGCAAAUAAUCUGCCAACCGCUCCAGUUUCAGUUCAUGGUAUUCAGAUGAUGCCUGGCAGACCAGACAUGCCUGCCAUCAAUUGGAGACCAUCGUAAACUUAUUCCGAGACGUAUAGGAUCCAUGGUCAUGAGCUUUGGUGCAUAGAGAAUUGGCCCUGGUAUUGCUUCAGCAGAAAACGUGUCUUAGAUCGAAACAGAGUGGGAAUUUGAGAAAUUGUGGAGAGACCCUUUGCAGAAUUGUCUAUAUUAGAAUUUUUCCUGACAUGCAUCCCCCUGGAGACAUACAUCUAAAUGUAAGCCAUUUUUGCUUGCUAAUACUGAAACUUGUAAUUAUAUGAUAUAUAUAUAUAUAUAUAUCUUAAAAAACCAAAUUUACUGGAUCUAUAGUUUCAGGAUUAGCUAAGCUAAUACAGUGCUACUUUUUUGUUCUUUUUUCUGCUAUGCAUACCAAAUGAAACAGCAUGUUGAAACAUCUCGGUUUUCGAUUUUGUUGUUUUCGGUUAACGAGUAGUGCAUUCUGAUCUUUA